CAGGUCUAACACGGUUCAACAUCUCACAGAAUCAUUGCCCUCCUUUUAUCCUUCUGAUCUUUAAAAUUCAUCAAUUAACCACAGCAGUCCACACUGUUGUCCUGCCUGGAAACCCCUGAUUGUCUUCUGUUUCUGGGUCCGUCUCGGGUUUCCUGCGAGCAGUUGCCUUCGAGCUUUGGGGGGCACAUGUGUCAGAUGUUGAGAGUCCUUUAAGUAGUGGCGGUCAUGGGGAUUAGAGUGGGAGGUCAGUGGGGUAGUUGCUGCAGUCUGAGGGUUUUAAACUCCUCUUUGGAUGUAAACUGAACCUCGAAUAAUCCUCCGUCUCCCCCCCCGGUUACUCAGAGUAUUAGGGACAUCAUAAAUCCAAGUCGAGCCUCACUUAGAUGAACCUCUCUAUCUUGGGAAACUUGGGUUCAGACCCGUCUGUCUGGGAGCUCUUGGCAGACGUCUGGGCACAUGUUGCCACAAAUACCAGGCACAUUAACGGAACUGGACUAGUUUUACAUCUUCUAAUCCCCUUUCGAGACGAACCUUAGGGAAGCAAGGUAUUGUGCCUCUAGCUGGCACGCGAUUCAAUCACAUCGCAGCUAGGUGAAGGUCAAAGGUUAAACGUCCAGGUCGUGCACGCUCCAUAUUCCCCCAGCUGGUUUGGAUUCUUUCAGCUCCGGUGUGUUUUCCAACUAUCUUCCUGUCAGUGAGGAAUUAGUCUUCACAACGGGCCGGCAAAUGUUUGACCCCGACCCCUUUGGACGGCCCGUUCGUCUCACGUCCUUGCGUCAGGCCGCUUCUCUUGUCAAAACACUGUCGAGACAUCAGCUGUAUGAGUUCGAGAGGUGGAGCGGAGGCUUUGAAAGAGUCCUGCCUUUGUUCCCGGAGCUUUUCAUGGUGAGGCAACGAGAACACUUGUGAUUCAUGGAGUUAACUUUAGUCCAACUCCAAUGGAGUCGGCUGUCUGCGCCCGAUCUUAUGAGCUCAUCUGUUUUACACAAUCCAAACAUACACAGUGCUAGUUUGUGCAAACACACACACACAGACACACAGACACACACACACACACACACACACAGACACCACCCUGCAUAAGACCACAGAUCUGGGUCACUUUGUCUGCUGGAAGAAAAAGGCUGGUGUUGAUAUCGCCACAGGAUGACGUAGAUCAGAGCGCGCGCUUCCAUGUGUGCGUGUGUGCAAAGCUCUUAAAAAAAUGAAAAAAAACACACACACACACACACACACACACACACUUGAGAUCUGACCACAAAGGGACCAGCAUUCCUCGUAUCCCUUGCUGGGAGGGAUCACCGGGGACCGAGGGAUGGAAACCUCUCAGUGCGGCCGGCACACGUGUCAACAGCGGUCCCCUGCUCUCUCUGCUGCCCUGCCAAACUCCGGUCGGAGAAUGACUAACAGACUCCCAAGAGGCAGCAGGGAAACCGAGGCAGGGAGAAGGAAAAAAAAAAAGUAGACUCAAAGAGAAGAAACAGCUUUGAGAUUUGGCCCAGAGCUGUAUUUAUAACAUGAGCACAAAGGCUUGUAUAAGCACCUUUUAAUCUUCUCUGGCAUCCCCACUGCUCUUUUAAUGUGCGCUCAGCUUACAUUUGUUAAUGCCUCUCAUAGAUAAAAUCUCAUACUUUUGUUAACUCACUGAAAGUUGGCUUGUUUUGUCUCCAGAGGCCUUUUGGGGAUUCUUCUUAGGGUUUGGAUAGAGACCCCAUGAAACGUCCUUUAUUCUCUUCCAAUUAACCGGAAUCUGUCGUUUCAAUCACUCGACUGAGAAGAACUGUUUUACAGCCCAAUAAAUCACGCUAAGCUACAUAAUCUAUGAAAUUUUAUACAAAUUGUCGAUUUAAGGAAAAUAACUCCGGGAAAAGCUUAUGUUACAGUUGGAACAGCAUGAGAAGCUCAAAUUUGGAAAGAAAUCCAGUUGAAUAAGUUGUUGCUUUGUCAGGAAUUGCUGUGUUUCACUAAACGGUUGCCAAAGAUGACAGCUUUUGCAAUCUUUUUGGUGAUGUGUGUGAAGCAGCGUUUACUAGAAAAGUCAAGAACUUCCCAAAUAUAAAGCCCUUACAGUCCCCUUGGAUAACGCGCCGUUCCCACCAGAGCGUUGGAGCUACUAAUCAGAUUAGCUUCAUCGCCUUUUCAGAAAGAACGCAGCCCACAAUCUAAUCAAUGCACUUGUUUAAAUAGGAACGGUAAUGACAAGUAUGAAGCUUCAGCCAGACACUGUGUGGCUGAAAACUGGCAAAUGUUGAACAGUAGUUUAGCUGCCAUGACACACAUUUCCAUUUUUAGCAAAAAUCCCUACAAAACAACACUUAGACUGAGUUGGAGAAAUGAAAUGUCUCUUUUUCAGUUGAAUUGUUGGAGUUUGGUGAUGCUCGCUCGCUCUUUGGGUCAUCAGGCGUAGUUAUUUACUUCUCCUGCUAGCUUUGUCCUAAAUAAGAUAGUUGUUACAAUGGUGAGUAAUAAACUAUGUUAAAUACAAAUAUGACUUGAAGAUAAUUCCAGGAUAAAGAGACAAGAGGAAGGAGCAAUCCUCAGAGGAAGCAUUUGGAAGAAGUAGUCACUCAUCCGUAAAAAUUCAGCUUUAACCGUAUGGGUUACGAUUCAAGUACACCUGUAUGCAGAUGACAUGCUUUGCUGCUGAUUCGACCACUUCAGUAGUGGAGAUGUCUUGAAAUCAGCAGUUUGUCGGUUUGAAUCCCGCUUCCUUCACAAGUCGAUGUGCCUUUGGUCAAGGCACUUUUGCCUAAAGUCGCCUGCUGUUCUGCGUUUCGGCGUGAAUAAAGAGCAUUUGUGGAUGUGUCUGCAGUGUGACGGGAAAGUCACAUGAUAUUUAUUAGCUCUGAAGGCAAAAGGAGAUGGAACUCUGUGCUGGUAAAGUGUUUGAUGAUGAUGAACAGCGGACCGUCUUGGGCAGAGCUGCUGCGGUUAGAUGAAGGGUAAAUAGAGUCAAUAAAAAUGUCACUUCCUGACUCUAGUGCCCCUGAUUCAGCAGAGUUGAUGCACUGAGGUUAUCAGCAGUCACGUGACAGCCGGUCGGCCGUUAUCCUAUCAUCCGUUGGCUGACCUCAGGUCAGCUGUGUGGGCUGCCAGAUGAGAGGCCCCAAGCUUGUUUUUCUCAGUCUGCAUCCGCUCGUCGUUCCGACGUUUCCCCGUCUAUUUUAACCUCCCCAUCUCCUUCUCCACAGUGUGCGCACACAAACACACAGCCAGACACGCACAUAAAUUUUCUCCUUUUCAUUUUUACAACUUCAGUCGACGAUCCGCAGGGAGUAGGAAGCAGCCUGAGUGGCCUGAUCACAAAUCCUUUAACAUAAACAAAGUGAAAAGAGAGAAGGGCCCUUUUGAAACGAACUCAUCUUUCCACAACUCAUUAGAUCCCCUCUCUCCCCUCCCUUCAAGAUCUACACCAGCAGCCUCCCUUCCUCCUCUCUCUGCUCCUCCCGCACACUUUUCCUCAACCUCUGCACGUCUUUCUUUUCCGAUCAUCAAAGCGGGAAGCCGUAUCGAGUCCCGGGCUCCCUCAGUGUGUCUGAAGUGACGCCAGCGGGCUGGGUGAGGCAAAACGACUUCAAUACAAUGUAGACACCAAACACCAGUCAGCAGAAGAGUCUGAAGACCACGCUGACAGAAGGAGGGUUGGCCCAGAGGAGGACGGAGCGACAGCUGUUCUGAAACCACUCCGGCGGGAGAUAAGAAGAGUGAAACAACUCGCAAGGGGACAAGAGGGACGCUGCGGACUGUGAAUCAUUGAUGUGAACCUUGGUGUGUCCUUCCUGCGAAGGGGUUUGCCUUGUUCCCACGUCUCCUCCGGAGGAAGGACCGUAAACCUCAGCUCGGCGGUGUUUACGAGAGAGGUGGCCCGCGCGCGUUUCUCGCCUCUCAGCACCCGUCGGUAUCCCUGAGCGGCCGUCAGCCAUGUGCCAUGUCAUUGUCACCUGCCGCUCCAUGCUGUGGACUCUGCUGAGCAUCGUGGCUGCCUUCAGCGAGCUCAUCGCCUUCAUGAGCACUGACUGGCUGGUGGGGUUCCCCCGCACGCACGACUCCGUCUACCCCCACCUCGCCACGGCGGCCGGCGAGGCCUACAGGCCGACUCUGGGGAUCUACGGGCGCUGCAUCAAGCUGGCCCACAUGCAGCGGGGGAUACUGUGCGGCCCGUACGCCGUUCACUUCGGGGAGAUUGCCAGCGGGUUCUGGCAGGCCACCUCCAUCUUUCUGGCUGCGGGGAUCCUGCUGCUGUGUGCCGUGGCGUUCAUCUCCAUCUUCACCAUGUGCUUCCAGAGCAUCAUGAAGAAGAGCAUCUUCAACGUGUGCGGACUGUUGCAAGGGAUCGCAGGUCUGUUCCUGAUUCUGGGUCUGAUGUUGUACCCUGCUGGCUGGGGUUCCGACAAAGUUCAGCUGUACUGCGGCCAUGACGCCGCCCCAUACCGCGCCGGGCUCUGCUCCAUGGGCUGGGCCUUCUACACCGCCAUGGGGGGCACCGUUCUCACCUUCAUCUGCGCCGUCUUCUCGGCUCAGGCCGAGAUCGCCACAUCCAGCGACAAAGUCCAGGAGGAGAUCGAGGAGGGCAAGAGCCUGAUCUGCCUCCUGUGAGGGAUGGAGACGCUGCGGCAUUGUUUACCACUAAAAACCGACUCUUAUUUCGUCUCUGUCUUGUGUCGAUGUGGGAGAAAUCUGCAAGUGCCAAGUUUUUUUUUUUUUUUUUUUUUUUAUUUUUUUUUUGUUCUUUGCCAUCUUUGUCCCUGUGACACCAGGAGGUGCUGUGUUUGUUAUUGUAUUCAUGUGGUGGCUCUGCUGUCGCCACAAGUUCUGUAAAUAAAUGUGAUUAUAUGUAUUUUGUACAUAGCUAUGAUUGCAGAAUGAUGGUCGCCUUGAUCUUGGCUGGCCCGAUGACAUCACUCUUGCCACUCUUAAAAAAAAAAAAAAGAAAGAAAUAAAGAAAUUGUAUCCUGGUGGUUUUGUCGCCAGAUCGUACGACGGCGUAUUAGGGCUGGUGUAGGUAGGAAAAAAGAGCAAAUUUCUGCAAAACACCCCAGAAAUUUUCUAGAAAA